AAAAUCGUUAUGGGUUGCGUGAGAGCGCACUGUGUUAUGUUUUUCGCAGGCCAAAUAGCCAUUGUCCGAUAAGCUUCGACUCUGGUUGCAGUUUGAUAGUCGGAAAAUCUCGAAAUUCUAUAUAGAAAAUUCUCCCAAAUUUAAAAAUAAGUAAAAUUAUAUUCGAUUCGAAGAGAAUCUUGCAAAAGGCAUUAAAUUUGUUAUCCGUUCACCGAUUCACAGCUUUAUUUUAAGAAUCGCUAAAAUCAGAGAUCGGCAGAAUUAGUGAGCACUAAAGCAGAGUCUUUGUUGACUAUUUUAAUAAAAUAAAGAUCAAAAUACCCAAGGUAUAUUAAUGAAGUUAAAUGAAAACGAAUGCGUUUUGGAGAAAGUAUUUUCCUGCUUUAAUACUUUCAACCGUAGCUUUUGUUCUCUUCGAGUCGCCGCCGAUUCCUUUCCUCCUUGGUUGGAAGUACGAAGAGAUAACGACGAAGUGCAAUUAUUUGGAAUUUUGUCCGAUCUUCUGAACACUUUAUCUCUCAGCAUGAAAAUCAAAUUUCUUGUGGUACCCACAAACGAAACUUUCAGAGAAGAAACAAUUAAUAACUCAUUCUCAAGUGAAAUCGUCCAAACUGUUCAUCGAAAGGAAGCAGAAUUGGGUCUGAUCUCUUUGACACCCACACAAUCGGCUUUUCGAAUAGUAGAUUUCAUUCUGCCCUAUCACAUCGAAAAUUUGGUCGUCUUGUCCGGAAUUCCGGAUGCAUUGCCCACUUACGUGAAUAUCUUCCAGCCACAGGUGUGGCUAGGUCUCGUGAUAUCUUUUAUGGUACUUUUAAUCGUGGGUAUUCUUAUCGACCGCUCUCAACAAGGAAGCGAAAGCAUUCUCAAUCGAGCAUUACGAAGAUUAAAUAUCAUUUCUGAGUUCUCUAACGAAGGCACGCAACCGUAUUCCGCUACUCGAUUUUUGAUAUUGGUUUGGUUGGUGGCUUCUUCCGUCAUCGCCAUGCAGUGUAUCAACGUCACCAAUCGAGACAAAGGGGACAGGAAUAAUAUAGAAAAUCUGGAAGAUUUGGUGAAUUACCCAGACAUGAAAGUCUUGGCACCGAAAGGCCUAAAUAUUUUAAAAUGGUUAAUAGAAAGUAGGAAUAGGAAGCAUAGAUUAUUAGGAAGACGGAUGAGAGAUAAGAAUUCCUUUCUGACGAUGAAUCAGAUUUUCUCAGAAUCUUCGUUAGACGACGUGGAAAGAAGAGAAUCCGCCAUUAUUGCCGGCUCUUCGACCGUCAAAAUGGUUCUUUCCAAAAGAUAUCAAAGUAAGAAAAGCUGUAGACUUUAUUUGGGAAAGACGACGUCCUUUCCGAUAAUGAGAUCGAUCGUUCUUAGGAAAGACGCUCCCAACGCAUUUAAAGAAACUAUUAACCUAAGAAUGAACGACAUUGCGCAAUCUCACCUCUUCACACACUCGCUAGAAGCCGCUUCCUCCAAUUACACAAUAUGCUUGACAACUUUCAAUCAAAUAAGACUCUUGAACAAAGAAGAAUUGAAAAGCCUGUUCUUCGUCUGGGUAGCAGGAGUAGGCAUUAUUUUCGUAUUCAUGGCCAUAGAAAUGAUACUCUUCAAAAACAAACUUCGCUCCCAUACGAAUCUCGGCGUCUCGGUUCAUUUAAAUCUAUAAUCUAUAAUGAUAAAUGCACCGCACGUUCUGUAUAAUUCGAAAAUCCAUUUAUCUGCAAUAGUUUUAUAUCAAACUGCCAAAUAACGAAUUUAAAAUAUUAUCGCUUAGUUAUUUAUGGCCCAUUAUUACACAGACGUUACAGUAACACACACUAUUACAGUAAGGCAUUUAAAAAAUUCAUUAACUUAUAAUAACCCAAUAUUGCAAGGCUGUGGAGUCGGAGUCGUCAAAAAAUCCGCCGACUCCUGUUUACCCACCAACUUAUGUA